AUGGAUCCUGGAUCAGCAUCGAUGGCAGGCCAUUCUGGAUUGCACCAGAAAAGACAUAAUUCGAAUUCAGUGGACUAUUACGAUUCGAAUAUUAUUAAAAGACGUACUGGCGAUGGUGUGCCUGAGAAUGUAGAUAUCAGUGUUGCAGAAAUACCACAGGAGCCUUGUCAAUACUUGGAUACUUCAUUGUUGACUUCUCCUUCAAAGAUAAGGCAUCACGAGAAGACUCCUAGUAUAACCAAGCCUCACACAUUACAAAUGGAACAAACUCCCCAGCCGAGAGGCGUUGAUACUUCUGGAGAGUUCCCUCAAUCGCCAUUUUAUUUACCAACUACUUCGCAAACGAAUUUUGAAGCCGCUACUACGGUUAAUGAGAACAGUAGCAUAAGACGUUCAGAUUCCGUGACAAGAUUAACUACGGUAGGCAAUAAUACUCAACUGGCGUCCAACGGUAAUAAUUACAUAAAACCGCAGCAUUAUCAGGAGGAUGGGGUAGAACGCACGCAAAAAGUAACCUAUAAUGGGCAAUCUUCCCUGGGACAGCCUGAUAAUCGUCAACAAAUGGCAUUCGGAUCGAAUCAAAGUAGUAACAACCAUUCCCCAGCAAAAAAUAACUCUGACAAUGAAAUGAAUCUACCGUCAGGCUCAAAUGCAGGUUCCGGUCAAAACCACGACCACAACAAUAGCAAUCCCAAUGAUCAUAACAAUAGUAUCUCCGACGAUCAUAACAACGAAGACAACAAUCAUAACAAUAAUAAUAAUAAUAAUAAUAACAAUAAUAAUAACAAUAACAGUUACUCGAACACUAACACAAGUAAUUCUUCUAGUAAAGCGUCCAGCCAACAGCAAUUAGUGGAAAAAUUGCAAGAAAUCUAUAAGAGCAUCGUUAAACAAGAAACAGAGUUACAAGAACGAUGUUCCAAUUUGACCACUCAGCAAACUACUGAUCUGAAAAAUCUAUGGUUAGCCUAUAAAAUCAACGCAGAGUUAAUUGACAACUACAUUCUUUUCAUAACUACAGCCUUGUUACCGUCUCAAUCAGAAUCAAGUCUCGCAAUCGGGCAAGAGAUUGUAGAUGUUUAUAGAAUAGAGAGAAGGCUAUGGGUUUAUGGUACAAUUACAUUUUUGGAUGUUUUGAAGAAUUUUUCAAAUUUCAUGGAUCCCGAGGUUUGCUGUCAAUUCAUCGCAUACGUAUUUAUUGCAUUAUCAAAUAUGUUGGAGGAUUUACCCCCAAAGUACUCCAUCCCCUGGCUAGAAAGGCUUGGUGAUUUAUCCAGAAUGGCAAUCGCUCUAUAUCCUUCCGGAUUCGUUGAUUGGAAACUUAGUGCUGAGCAUUGGUACAGAGAAAGCCUGAAAUUCACUUUUGGCCAUGGGAAGCUAUAUUAUCAUAUGUCAACAGUUCAACAAAACACUUUGGAAGCAUUUGUCAAUUUGGGAAAAUCUGUUUUCUGUGAAGACAUUUUUGUUCCUUCCCCGCAGUAUAUGCAAUUAGUCAUAGAUAACAUCUACCAAAGAGCUUUUGCUGAACGUGACAGCAGUGGAAACAGGACAAAUCACAUUGUUGACUACUUAAAGCACACAGAAGUGAUGUUACUUCCAAGCUUUCUGGAAUCAUCAGAAUUACAAAAUGUCGUCAUACAUUACUUUCAACACAAAUUUGGUGUCUCCUCUUCUGGGAACUUCUUUGAUCCAAAUUUGAUUUUCAUUCAGGAUGCAGAAAGAUUAAAACAUUUCUUUAGACAUUCCUCACUAUUUUCUCAAUCGCACAUUCUACAACUAUGUGGGUUUGGUGACCCGAAGAACCCAUUCGCAAUGCUAUUCGAGCUCUCAAAACACCUAAAAUCUCGUAAAGAACGUAAAGAACGAAAAAAAUCAACCAAGAGCACUUCGGAAGGUUCUUUAGAUCCAGUAGAGUUUUCUUCGCAGCAACAAGCUUCGACAGAAGACUUUUUCAGCACAAUUGACUCUCCAAAAGUUCCGUACGAGUUUCCACUAGAUUUAGGUGUCUGGAAGCGGUCUCUUCAUUACAUCAAUGUAACCUCAAUGAAGUGUGGCAUGAUUGUUUUGAGACGGUUUUUAUAUGGUCCCAUUGUCACUGCUCUUCCCCAUGUUCUACCUUGGUUACUUUUCAUAAUUUCUAUUCAAAUAAGACUUGAUCAGGUCAAUGAUUUGACAUUAAAGAAAUUUUGGAUUGUGUUCAUUAGGAGAAUAUUUCCUUGGGAUUCUCUGAUUACAUUUAUGAAUACACUAAUUCAUUACUGCAUGGUUACGGGUACCAAAAAUUUUGAUAUUGAUGCACAUAUGUCGACUUACUUGCCAAUGAACAGAGAGGAGUUAUUAACAAGCAUUUGUGAAAAUGAAAAUCUACCAGAAUGCUGGAGCUGUUGGGGUUCUUUAUGGUUCAACACCAUCAGUAAAAAAUCUGACCUCGAUGUCACCACCUUAGAAAGUACAGGUCUAUCAGAUACUCUGUUUUUGGAUUCCCCAACUGAAGGUAUUUGUUUCGAUGAUGAUGACGAAUUUGGACGUAAAUAUUGGCAAAGAAUAUGCCGAACUCUGUUACUAUUCAACAUCAUUACUGAGUGGGAAGCUUGUGAUGGAUAUGGUCAUGGUUGUAAAAAGUUGAAUCCAGAAGCAACAAGCUGGAAGAAUUUAGUGUUUAGAUUUAAUGAUGACACUAACGAUCAAUUAUCAGUAGAACUCUAUCCAGAAGAGAAUGAGAGUUUCCCAUUUGAAAAAUUUGAAAUUAUAUCCAAUUUAAACUGCAGUGACAACUUACAGGACGGCUCCAAAUCGAUGAUUCCUGGUGUAUCUAUCGAGAAUUUGCAAGGAUUCAAAUUAAUGUAUCCGGACUACUUCUGUUUCAAUAAAAAUGGUGAUUUGAUAACAGCUUCCUUAUAUACCAAAGGCCCAUUAGAAACUGCGAAUAUUCAAGGUGGUGAUGACUUUAAUGCAAACAAAAUUCUAGAUAACGGCAGGCUCGUAGUGCAAGAUAGGUUGGAAUAUUCAUCUGCCAUCGAUAAACUCGAGCAACCAUGGUUGGAGGCCUUCAUGAACCCGGAUUUUAGACAGAGAGAAUUACUCAAUAGAAGUUUUUUGGGGAAUUUGAAUUGUCAAGCUGACACCAAUGUGACAUUCUUUGUGCUAGAUGCAACCACUUGGUUGAGGCAUUUUGCUCAUAUUUACAAGCUGGCCACAAGUAGUGUUUUGAAAUUUGCCAUAUGUUUGACUACCUUCCAAGAAUUGAGAUUUCUCCGUAAAUCAAAAGAUGAAAGUGUGCUCGAAGCUGCAACUAGAGCAGUGAUUGCUGUUAGGCAGCUAUAUUACGAGCGUAAACUACUUGCCCUAAGAUUUACGGGUAAUGUAGCAGGGCAUCUUGAAGAGCACUUGGAGAUCGAAGAGCAGAUGACGUGGAAAUCCCAUGUUGACGAGUUUGUCAUUGAUGCCAUAGCCAAAGCACAAGAUAAGUUUAAUGUUUUAAACAAUGAUGCAAUAGAAAAAGGUAAGGACUGCAUACCUCUAUCUGAAGAUGGACAAAGUACUCAGAGAUUUAAUUUUGUCAGUCUAGUUACCGAUGACUUUAAUAUGAGAAAUAAGGCUCAGCAGUUAGGGAUACGCACUUUCAGCACAAGAUUUGUAUUCGCAAUAUGUAGAGAACUUGGGCGAGAAACUGGUGUAUGUACUAAUUAA